AUUAUCUGAUCUUCUUACUUUCGAUCCUCUCGUAUGGGACUUUUCGUCUCGUUUAUCCGCUCUCGUAAACCCGCAAGGUGCAGGGAAGAGCGCGAGCCACUAUUAGACUCGGAACUCGAGGAAUCACGACAGGUAAAGCAUCUUUUUCGAAAGCUCGUACACAUCGUAGCAGCACUAGAUGCGGGUAAACUGCCCUCCCAGCAUCAACUGAACCACCUCAUCAAAGUUGCCUUAAAGUCAGAAAUAUUAUAUCCAACGGAGGGAAGUUCCAGCCUGGCUGGCCACAAAGUCUUGCUGGACGUGAGGGAGUUUCUCGGACUGCUAGCUGUUUUUGGCUUGGAGAAGAAUUGUCGGUAUCGACUUCAAGUAAUGAGAGAAUUUAACCAUAAUCUAAUCAAUUCUUCAGACGACGACAAGGUCCAGAAUAUCAUAUAUCAUGCCCAGUGCCUGACUUAUACUCCUCCAGAACCAGACGAAUUGAUAAUCCUUGAACCACCCACUGAACUUGAUCCUGUCCUCCAACGUACAUCCCUUAUCACUUCUGAACUUCAAACCGACAUUCCACUCUUAUUCGCAUCCCUCUACUCUCUUCUAGCCCUUUUCCUGACUUCAACGACCUUUCGCAUCGUAACCAGCAACCUCUUUCUAUUAGCGCGCCAAUACUUUUCCUCGUCACUUGUAGAGGGAGUGCGAAAAGUUGAACACGCUGCGGAAAUAGUUGCUCGUGCUGCAGAGACGACACAAAAUUUGACCGAGUGUGCAGUCAAUUUGGUCGAUCAAGUCCAUGUCGCUGCCGAAGGUGUAGGGCUAAGUGCGAUGGGAAUAGGAGACGUCGCAAGGGAUACCGAACGUGUUGCAUUACUUGCCAUUUCUGAGGGUGGUCCACUGCAUGGCCUGGAAGGGUUGAAAGACCACACGCAUGAGAUAACUGAACAUACGAUAUGUGAAGUUCAAGCACGGCAAAAGGAGCAUGUUGCCCGUCAACAAGAUAUGAAGGAACCCACAAACAACUUCGUUGAUGAAAGUCAACGUAGACAAGAGCAACACCUAGAUGCAGAUCGUGCUAAGGCCGAAGCCAGUCAAACGGAGGACCGAAAAGACGCCAUUAUUGAGGCUAUUCAACAGACUCUUCUCGACAUUCAUAAACAUCCAGCCCAAAUUUCUGCUCUGCGGACAAUUCUCUUACUCACUCGGAGAUAUAUCAAUCAUUAUAGAGCCUUGUGUGCCCUGCGACUCAGGAAUCCCGGAUCAUAUAUCCCAGAGCUCGAUCUUUCUGAUUCCGAUACACCUCAGUGGCGGCACCUCACAUCGAUUCUUGCCGCCUCCAAGGAAUUGCUGGAUCGUUUAACCCGCAGUGGGAAUCAUGGAGGGUCGCUAGAUUCAUUACUGCGUGCUUUUCGAGAUGUCGUUGUCCUUCCCCUAGAUGAAUUUGAUCAGAAUGAGGAGUUCGACGGUCCCAGUUCUCAAAUAAAGAAAAGGAAUGAAUCUAGCCUUCUAUUUGAGAUCGCAACUUCUGUCAACCUUAUCGCGGACUCGGCACUCGGUACGGGCACCAGUCAAAAUUCAGAUACUGAGCAAGUGGAAUACAUCGCGUCAAAUCUCUUCCGCAGCGACACUAGGGUGCUGGUUGAGAAGGUGCGGGAGGUGAAACGAGAAACCGGCUCUUCAUCCUCCCCCUUCUUGAAUUCCAAUCAUAUUGAGUCACACCCGAUACCAACCCCUAAGCUUCACAUCUUCUACCAGGAGCUUGAGACGUUCCUUGCCGCACUCUAUGAUGACCGUUCUUCCCAACGGCUUGCGCGUGCUCUCGUUACGUUAGGUCGCGAUAUUCAAAGCUAUUUUCAGCCUUCCUCACACCUGCUUGGAGAGGAUCUCAGGCGUUCCUCAAAGACGACCCCUCUAUCCUCGAUCCUCACGACAGUUUUGAACGACCUUAUUGGGUAUCUUAUUCCAAAAGUUGUGGGAGGAGUGAUGGACUAUCUCUUUUCUCAAAAGAACAUUGCUAUGACUCGACCCACGACGAAUCACUCGUACGAUCCAAAUCCUGAUGCGACAUAUUCUGAAAGCGUCAGGAGAGAACAGAGAUUCCCUCUUCCUCUUCCGCGCGUGGAAUUGGUGUCUGAUACCAGCACUUUCCCCUCUUCAUCUUCAUUGUUACCCACUGGCUCCGAGUUCUCAGGCACCACAACAGCAUCGAGGUGGUUAGAAGGUGCCCUCGAUAUGAGAUUGAUGCACAUCCGAAUUUCUGAUGACAAGGAAAUGGAAUCGCAGUGGAAGGAAGAUAGACUAACAUCUUGCUUUCGCUGGUGUUGUUGCUCUUCGCCUCCUUCUGAUAUCACAGAUCCGUAUGUCAAUGCAGAGGGGGGAUAUGGGGCUGCUUAUAUGCGUACCACGGAGCUCGAAAGAGAACUUGGAACUCGGACACGAAAUCAAACUGACUUAGCAAACUUGCUCACGCCCUCGUCCAUUUCGAUUACACAGUGGAAUGAGACGCGAGUUGACUUUUUCUCUUCACAUACGAAGACUAUGGUCGUUGACGCUGAGCCGCUUCUCAUAGAUCUAAAUGUCCCUGGAGAAGACAUGAACCAUGAAGUGCCAGUCCAGGCCCCGACGUUGGUCGGUUUUGACGUAGCUACGACUUCCGCAUCGCCGGUGACCGUUCCUUCAACUUCACCAUUGCGAGCACCACUCAAUGAUAUGGACCGGGAUCCAGCUUCGGAGGAUCCGUACAUCGAUUCGGACGACCAGCGCGGUCACCUACUUGCCCUGGUUCAAGACAAAUCCUUCGAAGAGAGAUCUCGAAGCAGAGGUGGCAGGAUGAAAACAGAGAUCAAGACUCUACACAAAAUCCGCGUGCAUAUUGAGGGAAUAUUAUCUUCCCUCCCUUCGAUACUAAAUGAACCAAAUCAUACUUCGAGGGGCGAACCCGCGAACCCGCAUCUGUCUGUAACGUCUAAGGUGACCCAACGUCUCACGCUAGAAAAUAUCGCGUACUAUGCACGAUAUAACGUCCUCAGCACCGUCUUUGGUACGUGGUUGGGUGUCCGAGACGAGGGUGUCUUGGAUCUAGAAUUUGAAUUUCAGGAUAUCAAUGGUAAUAUAAUGGGUGCAGCUAAGUAUGAUGGAGCUUUUCUGGAUGUAGAUAUCGAUCUCGAUACCUCUACAUGGCUCGAAAAUCUCUUCUCUCUUGAUGACUCGGGGGACGAAUCAGAUCCUGAGGCGGAUCUUCCAUUCAGAGCGUCAAAUGUCCGUUUUGUACUCCCGCACACACUGAAUAUCACUCCCCGCCUCCGAACUCUACCCCGUAGUACCCUCCUCAGCAUGCUCACCUCCCUUCCACGAAAAAUUCUGCUUGCACUUCUCCUUCGACCUGUAGUGCUUCCUCUAGCAAAACUCGUGAUAAGACGAGAGCUCGAGAGUGCUUUUGCGCAGGGUAUCGAGCGGGGCUGUGAUUUUGUCGUAGGUCUGACGGUUCGUGUUUUCAGGGGAGCAAAGCGAAGAGCCAGGAAGAGAGCGGCGAAGAUAAAGUCUGAGGCCGAUGUGUUAGCGACUGAAGGUAGAAUGACAGCCCCUCCUGAUCUUUAUGGAUCUCAAGUCAGUUUUGGUGACGUUUGGGCCUCAAUCAUGGAAGUUUUAGGAGAGAUCACUGCAGUGGAGGAGGGACCUGAGACGAUAGUACACACGAAGAUGAAGGAAGCCAGGGCGAGGGGCGUGCAAGUUGAGCAUACCGUGGUUGAACUGGACGGUAAUAGCCAUGAAUCGGAUAGAUCUCAACGUGAACUUGAUCAAAGGGUUAAAGACAAGCUUGUCGCAACAAAUACGACUACAAUAGCAAUCGGCAUUGCGCCUCAGCUCCUACCAGACAAAGCAGAUCUUGUUUCAAACGUUCUGCCUUCGACAGAACCGACUGAAGUCGUCGACGGGGUCAUUGGGGCCAUUGUUCAGGAUGCUGUUGACCAAGCAGGAGAAGUUGUCAAGGAUGGGCUCGAGCAUGCUGCAGAUGUAAUGCAGGGUGCUCAGAAUGUGGUUCAAAAAGCAGCGGACGUUGCUGAAGGAGUGCGUGAAGGUAUAGAUGAAGGAAGACAGAGAGCCGAGCAAAUGGAGGAAGAUGAGUGGGGAUGGAGGAGUGUCGCGUUUGAUUUGUGAAUCGGAUUAUAUCCUGCAACGUUGUUGCAUGACAAAUUAUAAUUUUAUGACCAGGAUG